AACUCGUUUAUACUAAUUAGUAGGAGCAGCCAUGAGUGGCUCUAAACCUGACAUUCUGUGGGCUCCACAUCAUGUUAAUAGAUUUGUUGUGUGUGACUCCGAGCUGAGCCUCUACCACAUUGAAUCUGCUGUAAGUUCUGAACUCAAAGCAGGAUCAAUGCGUUUAUCAGAAGAAACUACAGCCACUUUGUUGUCGAUUAAUUCUGAUACCCCGUAUAUGAAAUGUGUGGCUUGGUACCCCAAAUACGAUCCUGAGUGUCUUCUGGCAGUUGGACAGGCCAAUGGACGAGUUGUCCUUACUAGUCUUGGCCAAGAUCACAAUUCAAAGUCCAAGGAGUUGAUAGGAAAAGAAUUUGUUCCAAAACAUGCCCGGCAGUGCAACACCUUAGCAUGGAAUCCACUGGACGGCUAUUGGCUUGCUGCUGGUCUUGAUAAGCAUCGGGCUGAUUUCUCAGUACUAAUUUGGGACAUCAGUAGCAAAUACACUCCAGAAAUUCCAGUGGCAACUGAGAAACUGAGACUUUCCUCUGGAGACACUGAGGCUGGGCUGGUUGUGACAAAGCCACUUUAUGAAUUGGGACAAAAUGAUGCUUGUCUUUCUCUUUGUUGGCUUCCACGGGACCAGAAACUUCUUUUAGCUGGAAUGCAUCGGAACCUGGCAAUCUUUGAUCUUAGGAAUAUAAGCCAAAAAAUGUUUGUGAAUACCAAGGCUGUUCAAGGAGUCAGUGUCGAUCCAUUUUUCCAUGAUCGUGUGGCUUCCUUCUAUGAAGGUCAGGUUGCCAUAUGGGAUCUUAGAAAGUUUGAAAAGCCUGUUUUGACCCUUACAGAACAACCAAAACCUUUAACAAAAGUGGCAUGGUGUCCUACAAGGACUGGAUUGCUAGCAACUUUGACCAGAGAUAGUAAUAUCAUCAAACUCUAUGACAUGCAGCACGCUCCCACCCCAAUAGAUGAAACGGAACCUACAAUCAUCGAAAGAAGCGUACAGCCUUGUGAACACUAUAUUGCUUCUUUUGCAUGGCAUCCCACAAAUCAAAAUCGAAUGGUAGUGGUGACGCCAAACAGGACCAUGUCAGACUUCACUGUGUUUGAAAGGAUCUCUCUUGCAUGGAGUCCAGUUACAUCUCUAAUGUGGGCAUGUGGGAGGCAUUUAUAUGAGUGCACUGAAGAAGGGAAGGCCAGCUCCCUUGAAAAAGACAUUGCCACCAAAAUGCGCUUAAGGGCUUUAUCCAGGUAUGGCCUUGACACGGAACAGAUCUGGAGAAACCAUAUUCUAGCAGGAAAUGAAGACCAACAGCUGAAGUCACUCUGGUACACUCUGCACUUUAUGAAGCAGUAUGCAGAGGAUAUGGAUCAGAAAUUCACAGGAAACAAGGGUUCCUUAGUUUAUGCUGGCAUCAAAUCCAUUGUGAAGGCAUCGAUGGGAACAACAGAGAACCUCAGGCAUAACCGGAGUGGAUCAGACAGACAGGCAGAUAUUAUUCAGUAUCUAAGCGAGGAGAGAUCGCUGGCUUUGCAGCUUUGUGGUUGGAUCAAGAAGGGCACAGAUGUCGAUGUGGAACCUUUCCUAAACUCUUUGGAGCAAGAAGGAGAUUGGGAGCGAGCUGCUGCCGUGGCAUUAUUCAACUUGGACAUACGGCGUGCAAUACAGAUACUGAACAAAGGAGCUUCUUCAGGGAAAGGUGAUCUCAAUCUCAAUGUUGUGGCCAUGGCAUUAUCAGGCUACACAGAUGAAAAGAACUCGUUGUGGAGAGAGAUGUGCAGCACUCUGAGGUUGCAGCUAAACAACCCGUAUCUGUGUGCUAUGUUUGCAUUUCUGACGAGUGAAUCGGGUUCCUACGAUGGGGUUUUGUAUGAAAGCAACGUAGCUGUACGAGACAGAGUAGCAUUUGCUUGUAAAUUCCUCACGGAUGCUCAGUUGAAUAGAUUCCUUGAAAAGCUAACGAGUGAAAUGAAAGAAGUUGGGAACCUAGAAGGAAUACUCCUGACGGGACUAACAAAGGAUGGGGUGGAUUUAAUGGAAAGUUAUGUUGACAGAACAGGAGACGUUCAGACAGCAAGCUAUUGCAUGUUACAGGGUUCUCCCUCUGAUGUGCUUAAAGACGAGCGGGUUCAAUAUUGGAUUGAAAACUACAGGAACCUCUUAGAUGCAUGGAGGUUUUGGCACAAACGAGCAGAAUUUGACAUCCACAGGAGUAAGCUGGAUCCCAGCUCAAAACCUUUAGCACAGGUGUUUGUUAGCUGCAAUUUUUGUGGAAAAUCAAUCUCCUACAGCUGUUCAGCCAUUCCACACCAGGGCCGAGGUUUUAGUCAAUAUGGCGUCAGUGGAUCUCCAACCAAAUCCAAGGUCACAAGUUGUCCUGGUUGCCGCAAGCCCCUUCCCCGCUGUGCCCUUUGUCUGAUAAAUAUGGGAACUCCAGUUUCCAGCUGCCCAGGAGGAUCCAAGUCAGAUGAAAAAGUGGAUCUCAGCAAAGACAAAAAACUAGCUCAGUUCAACAACUGGUUUACUUGGUGCCACAACUGCAGGCAUGGUGGCCAUGCUGGGCACAUGCUGAGCUGGUUCAGGGAUCACACUGAGUGCCCUGUCUCUGCAUGUUCAUGUAAAUGUAUGCAGCUGGAUACAACAGGGAAUCUCAUCCCAGCAGAGAUGGUCCAGCCAUAAAACAUCAGAGUUUGAACAAGGACAUUCAGAACAGGGACUCUCUCUAAAAAACGUCCUUCACAGCCAAAACACAUACCUCAGAACGAGUCACUCAUGACUUGCCCAUAAUAGAAAAAUAAAUCAUUCUAUCACAUCAGCAAUUUGAUAUGUGGACGGUUUUGAUGUGCUUUGCAUAGCCAGGUAUUGCUGUACUUGAGUCUUCAUGUGUGUCAUGUGGACCCUGUUCAGUGGGUUGUGAAGCAGUUCAUUUCACAAGCAUUUAUAGAAGCUUCAUUGAAAUUGGAUGCAGUCUUCAGGAAGAUUUUCAGCGUUAUGUUGUCCAGACCUUGAACCUUCCAUCUGCGAUUAACCAGCAUCAUAUUACUGUAUUUCAUGAACUUUCAAAAGACUGUGUCCAUUUAUUAUAUCAUAUAAUAUUGCCACUUUUUUUCUGAGACACAAAUAAACUGAGACACUCCUAUGGUACUCGUCAGGUGAAUCAAGGUAUCUUUAAGUCUGCAUGAGUAAAUAGGGUUUCAUUUUCAAAAUAACAUGCUUCUGGGGAGCACCCACCAUUUUUACAUAAGUAGCAGUAACAACUUUCAGACCAGUCGUUAGAGACAUGAAUCUCAGCUGCAUGACACUAGCCAGCCAAUGCUGGACAAAAUAGCAUUUGAAAAAAGCAGGAAUUGGCUGCACACCUCAAAUGUGUUGCAGUGUUAAUGGUACCCACUCAUAUCUUACAUUGGGACAAAACUCUGUUUUUGGUUUAGAGAACUGCAGUGUAAAUUUGUAAUUUAGAUGAGACUGAACUAGUUCCAUAAAGGUUAACUUACAUAGUCCGAAUAAUACUGGAUGUCACCUGCCAUGAUGGUGUCAGUGACUGUUAAGUGCCAAACGUUGGCUGGGAUCCCUUCAAGAAUUUCUGGAGGGCAGGGAGUGUUACCUCCUCUUUGAUUUCCCCUCAGCAUGGCAGCCGAAAGUGCUGCUCUCAUGGCACAGAGGACUCACCAAGGAAUUGUUGGGGAGGGGGAAGAAUCAAGAGCCUGUGGAAAUUCUAAAUGAGAUCUCGGUGGUUAUCAGAUUUCCCCCUAAAGAUAUUUGGUUUAUUUUAAAGCACGUUGCAAUUACAGGAGGUUUUGGGGUAGGAGGGAAUAUGUCUAUUUAUUUGUAAAACAAUGUAGAAAAAAGUGCACAGAGAAAAUGUUAAAAACAUGGUGAUACACUGCUAUAAUCAAUAUACAUUCAAGUUGUGAUGUAUAAUUGGCAGCAGGGCCAAACAUACCAUUCAGAGUUGCAGUACAUCCCUAGAAAGUUAAACUUCGUCUGUAUGUUUUCAAUGCAAUUUUGUAGUUAAGAGUUUUAUGGUGGCCUACUUGACAAUCAUACACGGCAGUUUUAAAUAGACAAGCUUGGGUGCAUGUGUUAGUCUGUACAUGUAGCAGUGGAUUUUCUUUCCCACUGCAGUCCUUGGCAAGCACCCACCCACCCACUCAUCUUUCCUGAGGGUUGGGAGAUUUCUUAGUGUGGGCCAUACAGCAGGGGAAGGGGAUAUCAAAGCAGUAGAUCUCUCCCUCUUCAGUUACAUGUGCAGAUAUUCCUUCCUUUUGCACACUGGGCACUUUGGAGCCAGGUCACCAUAUUUGUCCACAUAGCACUGAAAAGGGAAAAAAAAUCAAAUCCUUCACUUAAGUGUAAACCAUUAUUUAUUUCUAUGUAUGGAGUUAUGCUGGGCUUUAUUAUAUUGCCUCAAUCAAAGGCCACUUCCAAUCAGAAUUGCAUUUUUAUUAUUGAAUCUGUAGUAAGAGUCACAAUUCACACAUCACAAUAGCCAAAUUGCUACUCUGGUCUUUUUGUAAUGUUGGCAAAAUAUGAACAUUUGCUUUAGCAAUCUAGAAUCUAAACUUAUCAGAACGAUUUGUAGAUGUUUGUUUGCCAUAUAUGAAGUAUUCAGAGCAUGGAUAUUAAUGUCUUUUUCCUAUCAAUAAGACUUUUAAAAUUACUAACCUGGAAGUCUAAAAGCAGUAUUUUUGUAAAAUAACUGUAUUUUGUGACUCUUUUAAAGGCUAGUAAAUAAAGACAACCUGGUUCUUGUGGGA